AUGCAUCUUCAAUACGUUGUUGUCGAUGUAUUCACCACCACUCGCUUCCUGGGCAAUCCUCUUGCCAUAGUACGGGUGCCUGCAGCAUACGGUUCGCAAUUGUCGCAAGAGAAGAAGCUGCAGAUAGCUGCAGAGUUCAAUCUGUCCGAAACCAUUUUUCUGCAUGAGCCACAGAACAACAGUCAAGAACCUUUUAAUUCUCUAUCGGUCGAUAUAUUCACGCCUAAAUGCGAGAUUCCUUUUGCUGGCCACCCCACCAUUGGGGCGGCGGCAUAUAUUCUCCAACAUUGCACUGAUCUGAGCUCGGAAGCCUUUCAGUACUUGGUCACUAAAGCGGGGCCCAUUCCAGUCGCUCAAGAAUCUCCGACCGGAAUCGUCAGUGCCAGAAUACCUUUCGACUAUCAUGUCCACAAGGCGACUGUCAAAUCUAGUGUUACGAUCACUGGAGUGUCCCCCAUUGUGUCCAUUGUGAGCGGAUUAUCCUUCGUUUUGGCCGAGUUGCCCGAUUUGAAAUCGCUGGCAGGUGUCAGCGCUGGACUACGCGAUGACUGUUUUGUUCCUCAUGAUCUAGAUGAAGGCUGGGAUUCUGGCCUCACGGCCACCAAAUAUUUCGUCGACCUUGGAGAGGAUCAAAAAGGCCAGAGACAAUUUAGGACGAGAAAUUUUGUCUCUUGGGAAGAUCCAGGCACCGGAAGUGCGGCAAGUGCACUGGGGUGCUACAUUGCAUUGAAAGAACCCAAAGAGCGAGGCAGCGGUCCUUUCAGAUACAAAUUUACACAGGGUGUCGAAAUGGGCAGGCAAAAUGAUAUUUUUGUGAGUGUCAAGAGAAGUGAGGAUACAACACAGGUCAAAGAGGUCUUUCUCCGAGGCUCUACUGUCUUGGUCUCUGAGGGGCGUAUGAUGAUAGAUGAUGAGACAGCCUAA